AUGACACUCUGGCACACGGCACUCUGGUACACGGCACUCUGGUACACGGCACUCUGGCACACGGCACUCGGGCACACGGCACUCUGGCACACGGCACUCUGGUACAUGGCACUCUGGUACACGGCAUUCUGGUACACGGCACUCAGGUACAUGGCACUCUGGUACACGGCACUCUGGUACACGGCACUCUGGUACACGGCACUCUGGUACACGGCACUCUGGUACACGGCACUCUGGUACACGGCACUCUGGUACACGGCACUCUGGUACACGGCACUCUGGUACACGGCACUCUGGUACACGGCACUCUGGUACACGGCACUCUGGUACACGGCACUCUGGUACACGGCCCUCUGGUACACAGCCACUUUGGCACACGGCACCCAGCACCCCACUCCGUCCGUGGUCCACGACCUGUUCCAGGAUCUCUGCGAUGGACACCAGCUCCUGGAUUUACUGGAGGUGCUCUCCGGACACCAGCUGGUGAAGCUGGUGAACAUCAACGUGCCGGAUGUGGUGGCAGGGAAACCCACCGUGGUCCUGGGCCUGGUCUGGUCCAUCAUCCGUCACUUCCAGAUGGAGAACCUGACCCUGGGGUUACCUCGAGACCCCAGCGAGAGGCAUCUGGUUCCCGACGUCACCUCCUCCCCCACAGGGACCCCCCCACUCAAGAGGGGCCGUUUCCAGUGGCAGUGGGGGGGCUCGGCCCGACAGGCCCUGCUCCACUGGGCCCAGGACAAGGCCAGGGGGACGCCGGUGCCCAUCCGUGACUUUGGCGUGAGCUGGCGGGACGGGCGAGCGUUUGCGGCGCUGGUGAACAGUCUGCACCCUGGGGUGCUGCCCCCCACCCAGCUCCAGCCCUCCUCCCCCGCCCACACCCUCAACAUCAUCUUCACCACCGCAGAGAACAUCCUCGGCAUCCCCCGGCUGCUCGAGCCCCACGACCUUACCGUUGAGAAUCCGGAUGAGAAGUCCAUCAUGACGUAUGUGUCCCAGUUCCUGGGCCUCUCCAGGCAGCUGCCCGCGGGCGUACACGUCACCGAGGAGGCGUUGGGUGCCCCCUGGGCAGAGGGCAGGGAGCACCCUGAGGUGCAGGCCAACGUCAGGCAGGACUUUGAAGACGCACGGAGAGAGAUGGAAGGCUGCAUCGAGGGAGCGGUGUCCUUCCUCCAGGACCAGGGCAGCCCCCAGCAAUUGUUGGCCAAGCACCAGGAAACGAUCCAGAGGUUUGAGUCGGGGGUCUUGCAGCGGUUCUUGGACUCCACCCAUCACAUGCAGACCCUCCUCACUCCCGACAGCAGCCUCAUGGUGGCCGAUCAGCAAGAGGACCUCUGCCGAAAGUGGACGGUGAGACCACCCACCCAGGGGGGGCCAGACCACAGGUUGCAGGAAAGAUGUUGUCAACUGGUGCAGACGGACAUUUCGGCUCAUGUGCAGUGGCUGAGGGAGGAGGUGGAGCGCCGCAAGUCCAGUGUGGUUCCCCGCGCGGCUGGGUCCCCGGCAUGGCCAGGGACCCAGAGUGACCAGUCUGCUCUCACACUGCCCCAGAGGUUCACCACUCCAUGUGUUUGCCAGGCUGGUGUUCUUGGUGACGUUGAGCAGUCGGUGGUAACGUGGGGUGAGAGUGGGCCGGUGUCGAGGGACGGCGGUGGGCGCGGUGUGAGAGGGGAACCGGCACUCACCGCACUGUGGGAGGCAGCAGCACCGGAGGCAGGGGAACCCCUGUGGAUGGUGGGGUACAGGGAGCAGCGGCGGACUGGCCCAGCAGAGGGCAGUGGUGGGCCGGUGUGGGACGUGAUGUCUCUCAGCCCUGUGCCCAGCGCCAUGGAGAAAGAGAUUGCUGUGGAUGGGGCAGCUGGACGGGAGCAGGGGGCCGGGACAGUGAACCUGGGUCCACCUACACCAGCGGUCAUACAUCCAGUGGGCACUGGCACCCCUGGGGCUGUGGAGGACCUCUCCGGCCAGUCCGGAGAAGAUGCCACCAUGAACAAGCCGAGCCAAGGUCACCACCCAACUCUUGGAGAGCAUCAGAGGGACAAGGACAGACACAUUCCCUGUGGAUCGGCCCAGCUUCCGGCCCCAGGGGACACGCCAUUUCCGUCCGGAGACUGGGAUGGGCAGAGAGCUCCCUCACCGGAGAGCUCAGGCUGGAGGGAGCUUCUGCCUGUGGCGAGGGCACCUCCAGAGCAGAUGUCACAGGACAGGAGAUACCCGGGCCAGGAGAUGGUCCUCUCUCCUCCAGCAGGAGAGGAUGGUGCGGGGACACCCGGGGUCUCCAGUGAGGGGCAGUGGGGAGCAGAGGCGGCAGGAGAUCAGCGUGAAGACAUUACCACCAUCUCCGCUGGUGAAAGACGGCAAGAGUUGCGGCAGGAGGCAGCUCUGGCGGUGGGAGAGGCUCGCAGAGCGGUGGGGUGGGCGGAGGGGCAGCUGGCCAGGGGGGGUGACAUUGAGGUCCCAGGGGGUUGGCACGAUCUCCCCGUGAACGUGCGUUUGGGAGAGGCGGGGGGGAGAGUCAGUCGGCCAGCCAAGGCGUCAGUGACGAGGGAGAUGGAGGGACUGGGAGCGGGGCAGGGGCCGGAGGCUCUGACCCCCACCGAGCGGGUCUACCCAGGAGAGACUGCCCGUGAGGAGUCCCAGGAGCAGGGGGUAGGGAUCUCCCUGGCCGGUCCACUCAGGCCAUGGCAGAGUCACAGCCUGGCUCCCGAGCGACACCGGGAGGAUCAGGGGCCACCCCUAGGGCCCGGCAGUGAGGACGGAGGGGAGAGUGACCAGGGAGAGGGCAGGCACCCGCUGGCAUGGAGCUCUGUGCCGGAAUAUGGGUGGCCUGGCGGGAGGUCUGCACCGCCAGCAAACAUCCCUGAGAUUCAGCAGGAGCAGGUGGGAGAGGCUUCUGGUGAGGUUCUACCAGGCUUGUGGACAACCACCAUUUGUCAGGGUAACCAAGGGGUCAGAGACGACAUUGGUGAGACUCCAGCAGACCCAUGGAAGGCCACCACUUGUCAGGACAAUGAAGAAGUUGUAGACAAUGUUGAUGAGAAAUCACCAGACCCACACUUGGCCUACGUGGGUCAGGGCAACGAUGAAGUUGGAGACAAUAUUGGUGAGAAAUUACCAGACCUGUGGGCACCAACCAUGGGUCAGGGCAACAAAGGUGUCAGAAGCCAUGUUGAUGAGAUACCAACGGACCCAUGCAAGGCCAGCAUGGGUCAGGGCAACAAAGGUGUCAGAAGCCAUGUUGAUGAGAUACUACCAGACACAUGGAAGGCCACCAUGAGUCCCGGCAACAAAGGGGUUGGAGAUAAUGUUGGUAAGAUACCACCUGACCCAUGGAAGGCCACCACAGAUCAAGGCCACCAAGACAUCAGAGACGUUGGUGAGACAUCAUCAGAUCCAUGGAAGGAGACCAAGGGUCAGGGCAAUGAUGGGGUUGAACACAACAUUGGUGAGACACCACCAUCCCUGUGGGCAACCACCACGGGUCAGGGCCACCAAGGGGCCAGACACUUAAUUCCCGGCACAGCGAGCCUGUACCGGAGGGACAUGGAACUGGACAUUAUCCCGCAGCGGGCAGUGAUUCCGGCCUCAGAGAUGGGGAUGGAGGUGAUGGAUGGUAGCAGUGAGGAGCUCGGUGGGGAACGCCCAGCCCAGAGUGUGGGCCUUGUGCCACGGAGCCGGCCCACUCCGGAAUGUUCCCAACCACCGAGGGAGUCCCCCGACACCGGCCACGUGACCCAUCACCCUGCCAGAGAUGAUUCCGGAACACCAGCGGUGACGGCAGAACAGGCUGCCUGGGCCGAGGUGACCCCUGGCCUCUCACUGCCCAGCACGGAGACCAUGGGAGGUCCGGAGAAGGCGGGGACAGAUCCAGACGUGGAGCACUCCGCGAGGGAGGAGCUGGAGCUGUUAGAGGGAGCUCCCCAACACAGCCGGUCAGCAGCCCUGGAGGAGGAAGCACUGUCGCAGCUGAAAAAGGCGUUGGAGACGACCGGCAUUCAGGCAGAUGGGCGGUCUGGACAUGCCCUCUCGUGCUGGGAUCUGGUGGAGCCGCUAGGCUGCGCGGCAGAGGAUGCGGGGCUGCAGGGCGGGCAGCAGGAGCGCAUGGUGCAGGAGGAGCUGCUCGCAAGGCAGAGCAGACUGGUGGGGUCACUGCGGGACAUUGGAGAGAGGGCUGGCGCCGUGCCGCUAACUGAAGCCACGCUGCCCGCAGUACAGGCCAGGCUGGGCUCCCUGGUGGAGUUGGAGCUGAAUGUACAGCGGGAGGCAAAGGAGCUGCAGGGAUUGCGGGAGCAAGCUGACAGGCUGCUGGGCUCGAGUUUGGCCAGAGAAGCUCAGGAGAGGCUGCGGAAGGCGGAGGAGAUGUGGGGAGUGACUGCCGGAGAGAUCCAGGACCGGAAGGACCAGUGCUUUGUGAUCAUGGCCUUCCUCAGGGAGUUUCAAAGCCACAAGAAGGAUCUAAGGUCCACCAUUGGGAAAGGCGAGCGUCUGAUUCAACAACAUGCCUCGUACAUGGGGAAAGAAAGGCUUGGGCAGCUGCUGACUGAGAUCGAGGAGGUGAAGUGUGAGUUUGGCACCAAGCAGGAACAGCUGGAUGGAUUGAGGAAAAUCUGUCAACAUCUGCACUCGGAGCUGAGACCGUUUGUGGACACUGGAAGCUUGCCAUUCCAGCGGGAGGUAGAUGAGCUGGUGGACCGCUGGCUCGAUGUGACGGAAUGGUUGCAGAGUUAUGGCUGCAGCCUGCAGCAAGCCCUGCGUCUGUGGGACGAGCUACGCGAGUGUGGCUGUAGCGGAUGGGCGGCGAGACGGAGAUUAGUGCCUCUGGGGGAGGGGGCGGUGCUGGAGGACCAGAUCCAUGGCCAAGAACAGCAGAACAGGAGAUUCCUUGAGAAGGCGGUGAGGAUUCAGGAGCUGCUGAGGUGGGAGGAGGUGCCGCUGGAGUUACAGGUGAUGGAGUCAGCCGCCAGGGGGGAGCUGGAGCAGAUGAAACACCGCAGGAGACAACUGGUGGACCGGGGCGGAGGCACGGCGCAGGGUCCCGAGACUACCCUGGGGAGUCAGGGUGGGGCAGACCACCCUCAGGUUGAGGAGCAGCAGGACGGGCAGGUUGGCGUGGACAUGGGGGUCAGAGAUGAGCAGCUUCCCAUGACCAGCGGGGAUGAGCAGGAGGAGCUGUGGGACAGUGAUGAUGAGGCGGUGACGCCCACAGCAGAGGAAUUUCCACAGAUCCAUUCUUUGGAGAGGAGCGGGGCGCUCGAGCUGAGGGAGGGGCAGCAACGCUGGACGCUGGACGGAACAGAGGAGAUACCACCACUCCCGAUGGAUACGGAGUGGAGCAGAGAGCGGGUGGACAUCACAGGGCAAGUCUCUGGCCCUUGGUCAGAGGCUCGGCCCCCAGAGGAGUGGAGGGAUCUGUUGCCUCGAGAGCGCUGGGGUCAGGAGCUGCCUGGGCCCCUGGAGGUGGAAGUGUUGGCGCCCCAGGGGCCCGAGACCAGCAGGGAGGUUGUGCCACCUGUGGGUGACGGAGAUUUGCAACAUCAACGGAGCUGGGUAUCGGAGAUGAAGGAGAGACACAGUUUGUACCAGCUGCCGGGGGAGAGGGAGGAGGUGUCGGGGGAGAACGGUGGGAUCGAGGACUGGCUGCGGCACGUCACGGCACAGCGGGGGGCCAGGGUCUCCGGGAGCGACGGGGCGUCGGAAUCUGAGCCUGAGGGAGACUGGGAGGCUCCGUCUGCCCGGCGAGAGGCAGCGGCGGAAUCCAGCAGCUCCAGUGCAGAGCGACGCAACCCGCCCACAGCAGAAGCCGACCCCGGGGUCCUGCAGACUUCCGGCACCGUGGAACACACGGAGGAGAAGGACGGGCAGGUUGGCGUGGACAUGGGGGUCAGAGUUGAGCAGUUUCCCAUGGCCAGCGGGGAUGAGCAGGAAGAGCUGUGGGACAGUGAUGAUGAGGAGGUGACGCCCACAGCAGAGGAAUUUCCACAGAUCCAUUCUUUGGAGAGGAGCAGGGCGCUCGAGCCGAGGGAGGGGCAGCAACGCUGGACGCUGGACGGAACAGAGGAGAUACCACCACUCCCGAUGGAUACGGAGUGGAGCAGGGAGCGGGUGGACAUCACAGGGCAAGUCUCUGGCCCUUGGUCAAAGGCUCGGCCCCCAGAGGAGUGGAGGGAUCUGUUGCCUCGAGAGCGCUGGGGUCAGGAGCUGCCUGGGCCCCUGGAGGUGGAAGUGUUGGGGCCGGUGGGGCUCGAGACCAGCAGGGAGGUUGUGCCACCUGUGGGUGACGAAUAUUUGCAACAUCAGCGGAGCUGGGUACCGGAGAUGGAGGAGAGACACAGUUUGGACCAGCUGCCGGGGGAGAAUGGUGGGAUCGAGGACUGGCUGCGGCACGUCACGGCACAGCGGGGGGCCAGGGUCUCCGGGAGCGAUGGGGCAUCAGAGUUUGAGCCUGAGGGAGAGUGGGAGGCUCCGUCUGCCCGGCGAGAGGCAGCGGCGGAAUCCAGCAGCUCCAGUGCAGAGCGACGCAACCCGCCCACGGCAGAGGUCGACCCCAGGGUCCUGCAGACUUCCGGCACCUUGGAACACACGGAGGCGAAGCAGGGUGGCGAGGAGCUGAGCGACAGGAUCAGGGAGACAGCAGGACGAGUCCGUGACAUCGAGAAGAUGCUGCAACAUCGCAGCCAGAACGUCAGUGAGGCCAAGGAGCAGCAGAAGAGAGUGUGGGGUGAGCUGGACAGGUGGCAUGCGGUGCUGUCGCGGCUGGAUGCAGAGGUACAGGACCUGGCCGAGGUGGACCCUUGUCUGGCCCAGCAGCUCAUGGACGCUCUGAUGGACUCCUUCCAGGAACAUCAGCAGGCAGCACGCACGGCCGAGCAGAGGACCACGCUGGUCAACAAGAUUCCCGACUGCCUGGAGGACUAUCGUCAGGUGACAGAGUCGGCCACAGCCUGGAUUCAGAGCACACAAGCCCAGCUCUCCGACACCAUCGACUGUACCAACGGCAAGUCUCUGGGCAAGCAGCUCUUCACCCUACAGGUGAUUGCAGACACCAAUGGGCAGAAGCAAGCAGCAUUGCAGGAGGUGGGGACCAAGCUGCGGGAGGUGGGGGAAAUGUUUGACACGGACCACAUGGUGAGUCGAGUGGAACAGCUGUUCGAGACCGGGGCAUCCCUGCAGCAAGCGGUGUCCCAGAAGGCAGCGGAGGUGGAGUACAUCGCAACGGAAAUUGGGGCGAUUGAGUCUGAAGUAAAGAACAUUGAAAGCAAACUUGUGAAGGUUAACACCAUCCUGACUGCCGUUGACAUUGAGAACCUGACAGCUGAAGAGCAUUUGACCAACCGGCAGAUCAUAGCGGAGAACCUGGUGGAGAUGAGGAAGGUGGCAGGCGUGUUGUCGAGUUACGAGCACUCGCUGACGUUACCGGAGCGGGCAGCGGGCACCGUGCAGGCUUUUGCCAGGCUGCCCCUGAUCACCGGUCAGCUGGCCGAGCUGCAGCAGCUGACCUCGCGGCAGAGCGGCCUGUUGGAGUCGCUGCUGGAAAAACUGCAGGAGUGUGACACGGAAACUGAGAGACUGCAGGAGUUACAGGCUGGGAACAUGGAGGACCAGCAGGAGAGGUUGGCCGUUGUGCAUGAGCAGCGGGCAAGGCUGGUGAGAGACGCCCAGGAGGCACUGAACGAGGUGACUGCGACUUUCACAGAUGGGCAGAGGUCACCCCCAGCCCAUAGUGAGCAGCCCAGAGAGCCCGAGUCCCCACAGCCAGCCACACUGCCUGGGAAGCUGACCUCACUACAGGAGCAGGAUGAGGAUGAGGAUGAGUGCGAGGAGACCAUGGAGCCACCAGAGGAAUGCCACCCCUCAGCUCCACCUCAACCUCCACACGCAGAGCCACAGCAGAGUGUGGUGGGCCUCGAUGUGUGCUGGGAGCGAGCAGCAGCCGUGGAGCGUGAGCUGGCCUCUGCCGGGGAGCGGCUGGGAGCCGGAGUGUGGAGCGCGGCCAUGCAUCACAACCUGCAGGACAGCCUGCUGCAGUCUCAGACCGCGCUGACAGAGAUUGAGGAACGCCUGGUGUGCCUGACGGGGAUGGGCCUGGAGCAGGGGGGUCCCGAGCUGGAGGCACUGUCUCAACGCCUCGGCUCCCUGAGGGGCUCCCUCACACAGCUUCGCGCCCGGCUAGAGAUGGGGAAACCCACGGCUGAGGAGCUGUCCCAGUUGUGCCCCACCAAGGAGGUGGCCCAGCAGACAGAGAUGAUGUGGCCUUCAGACCAGCCACGUGCUCCUGAUGAUAGCAGGAUCCCAGCAGAAGCCCCCACAAGGGACGUGUACCGGCCAGUAGUGGGGACCCCAGCAGACCCGGUCCCGGGGCCCACGCUCCAACGUCAGAUCCUGGACUGCUGGCAACAACUCCAGCAGGAGACCCAGGGCCUUCAGAAGCUUCUGGAAGAUUCUCUUCAGCAAGGCCCAGAGCCCCAGGUGUUCGUCACAGCUAGGGAGCCGAGCUGUGUCUUGCGACCCGCUCCAGAUGUGGAGGAGCUCAGCAUGUGGAUGGCACAGCUGAGAGAGCAAGGGCAAAGCGCUGCGCUGCUCGCGGGCCAAACAGAGGGGCUCACACGACAGGAUGCGGGGUUGAGGUUGGAGGAGGCCGUGCAGAGAACGGCCGUCCGGAUCAGCGAGUGGGUGGCUGCUGCUGAGCAGAUGCUGGGCCACUGCAGCCUUGGGCCGUGUGAGGAGGCGCUGCGGCAACUCGACACCCUCCAGGUGUGGACAGCGGCCCUGGAUGGAGUUCACCGCGAGAUGGCGGAACAGCUUCUUGUGCUGGGACAGGCGGACAUCUUCAGCUGCGCGCUGGCCGGCCGCACGCUCUCCACCCUCCACUCCAACGUCCAGCUCCUCCUCCGCCACUGCUCCCUGGUCAGCGACUCACUCCGCCCCAGAGCAGAGCAGCUCACCAGCUGCCAGGAGCGGCUGAGGCAGCUACAGGUGACCGUGUCGCAGAGACGGGCGGAGGUCCAGCAACGACUGCUGGAGUCGGCGGCUUGUGAUACAGACCAACACUUGCAGUGGCUGGAGCAGACAACUGUUGAUCUCGACUCCCUGGACGUGGAGCUGUUGUCUCUGAGGGAUGGGGCCACUCGCUGUGACCUGGAGCCGCAUUGGCUCCGGCAGGUCGAACAGCUGGAGGAGACAUUGGAUGACACGAUGGGGCUGGUGGGAGAACAGCAGGCAGAGCUGGCACACAGCCUGGUGAUGGGGCGCCUGUACCAGGGGCUGAUGCAGGGCACGGCCAGCCUGGUGGAGCUGGGGCAGGAGAGGCUUGCCCCCGGGGACCGGCUGCCAACCGGGACUCUUGCUGAUCUCCGCACCCACCUGCACAGCCACAAGCUGUUUUACCGAGGGCUGGAAGACCUCAUCAUCCGGGCGGAACAGAUUUCCCGUAACGUUCCCGAGCGGAUAGUUGCCGAGCAGCGGGUAGGGCGGCUGGAGUUGGAGAGCAGGCACAAGGAGCUACAAUCCCAGGCCCUGAGGCACGGGGUCCAUGCAGAGACCACCUUGCAGUGCUGGGCUGAGCUGGAGAUGGAGCUGGAGGUUCUGGAGGAGAUGCUGGCCACUCUGAGCUCACGACUGUCGGACCUCCUGGUGGUGGGGGAGACGGCGAGGGAGAGCAGCGAGGGGGAGACGGAAUGCCUCCACACCUGCCAGGAGGUGUGUGAUGGUGUGGAGGGGAGCUGGCCACAGAUGGAGGAGGCACAGAGGCGAGGGGAGGUUCUGCUGCGGUUUGUGGACAGCCCGGAGCUGGAGGACAAGCUGCAGACCAUGGAGGAUGCCUGGAUCUCCGUCAGGGACCGGGCGCACCGCCAGCUCUACAGCCUUAGCACCAUGCUGCAGCUCCGCCACAGGAUCGGGGAUGAGUGCGGCGCCGUGACCACGUGGCUGGAUGCAGCCGAGAGGCGGCUGGAGCGUUGGGGUCAGGGGUCACCUGACGGCACGGAGGGCCAAGAAAACCCAAACAACCUCUUCCUGGACAUAUGGACGGGGCUGGAGGAGUGCAGGACGUUGCAGGCGGCCGCGGUGAGCCGUGGGAAGAGGCUACUGGCCCUGCAGCCGCCGGGGGGCACCGCGCUGCAGACACAGCUGCAUCAGCUGCAGCACAGGUGGGCACAUGUGGAGGGGCAGCUGCCCGCCCUCCAGCAGCAGCUACAGCAGGAUCUCCGUGAGCUGUUGAAGGUGAAGGAAGGGGAGCUGGAGAGACUGAGACAGACUCUACCCCCAGGGGUGGAGCCGGAUCCCUCAGGGUCACCGACGGAGAUCGUGGAGACACUGGACCAGCUCCAAGAGUCGUGUGGCUGUCUGGCUGCUGAGGUAGGGCUCUGUGACCCUCGCAGGGGUCAGCCCCUCGGGUUAAGGGGUGGGGCGGGUUGGACACAGCAGCAGAGCCACUGUGGACGUGGCGGCAAAGAGAACUAUUGUUUUCCCCGCCCUCCCUGUGUACUUCUGAGUAAGCUGGUCGACUGGCUGGACGUCACCGAGACACGGCUGCGCCAGUCGGCAGCCGAGGAGACGGCACCACGCAGUUGGGACGACGUGAGGAGGGAGAUGCACACCUACCAGCGCUGGCGGAUGGAGCUGAGCCUGCGGCAGCCGGCGCUGGACCUGGUCAACCAGACGGUGGUGCAGGGCAGCGGGCUGGGGCCGCAGAGUGACCGUGGCCGCAGCAUCGCCCUGUCCGAGCAUCUGGGCGCCCUCAACCUGUGUGCUGGGAGAGGCUGGCACACCGCAUCGAAACCAGGUGCUGGGGGAGGCUCAUGA